AUGGAUUCUCAAUCCACCAUGGAUUCUCAAUCCACCAUGGAUUCUCAAUCCAUCAUGGAUUCUCAAUCCACCAUGGAUUCUCAAUCCACCAUGGAUUCUCAAUCCACCAUGGAUUCUCAAUCCACCAUGGAUUCUCAAUCCACCAUGGAUUCUCAAUCCACCAUGGAUUCUCAAUCCACCAUGGAUUCUCAAUCCAUCAUGGAUUCUCAAUCCACCAUGGAUUCUCAAUCCACCAUGGAUUCUCAAUCCACCAUGGAUUCUCAAUCCACCAUGGAUUCUCAAUCCACCAUGGAUUCUCAAACCACCAUGGAUUCUCAAUCCACCAUGGAUUCUCAAUCCACCAUGGAUUCUCAAUCCACCAUGGAUUCUCAAUCCACCAUGGAUUCUCAAUCCACCAUGGAUUCUCAAUCCACCAUGGAUUCUCAAUCCACCAUGGAUUCUCAAUCCACCAUGGAUUCUCAAUCCACCAUGGAUUCUCAAUCCACCAUGGAUUCUCAAUCCACCAUGGAUUCUCAAUCCACCAUGGAUUCUCAAUCCACCAUGGAUUCUCAAUCCACCAUGGAUUGUCAAUCCACCAUGGAUUCUCAAUCCACCAUGGAUUCUCAAUCCAUCAUGGAUUCUCAAUCCACCAUGGAUUCUCAAUCCACCCCAUAG